CAGACGAAGGCGAGCAACCAGGGACAGGGUCUUUCCCAGUAACGGUGUCAGUGGCUGGUGGGAAAGCAAAAGAUGUCAGCGUACAAUGUGUCGCUUACUGGCCCUGCACCUUGGGGCUUCAGGCUUCAAGGAGGGAAGGAUUUCAACAUGCCUCUGACCAUUUCCAGAGUUAGUCCAGGAAGCAAGGCGGCUCAGGCAAACAUCAACCAAGGAGAUACCAUCGUGGCCAUCGAUGGGGUCAGCACGGAGGGCAUGACCCACCUGGACUGUCAGAAUAAGAUCAAGUCAGCCACCUAUGCCCUGAACCUGAGCCUCCAGAAAUCAAGGCGCCCAGGCCCAAUUCCCACUGCUACUCUGAGAAUGGAUUCUCCAAUGCCAGUGAUUCCUCAUCAGAAGGAGUCAGACCUGGAAACCAGCCCCAGUCGCCUGAGCAGCAAGCAGACAUCAACUCCCGAGCACCGGCUCGGUCUGACAGCUCAGACCGCUGGCAGCCCACGCACACCUAACGGGAUGUCCUGGCACUGGUCGAGCACCAGGGACACCAGCUUGUCCUGUAGUUCAUCGUUGACCGCAGCCUUCGGGCAGGCACCUGCUGGGACCACCAUGAUGUCCUCACUAGCUACUUGUCGGACCCCUGGCAUCUCACCUCAAAGAGGGGCUGACCACUCACUGGCACCAGCGAGGGUAUCUGAUGUAAAUGGCACAAUGCCGAAAGUCAUCCCACAAAGGCAAUACAACAGCCUGUACUCUAAGGAGACCCUUGAGAAAAUGAGGAGGGCUGCAGGCCAGGAAGAUGGCAGAAAGGGCAGGGCCUCUGCAGGAGGAUUACUGCAAGGUAAUCUACAUGUUAAAGAUGCUCUAGUCGACAGUACUUCUCCAGUCUACCAGGCUGUUAUCCGUAACACUACCAAGCCCCCACAGAGCCAACAGCAGGAACAGGAUGAGUGGAGUCGUAGGUCUGCUAAUCUGCAGUCCAAAUCGUUCCGAGUCCUUGCUCAGUUGACUGGAACAGAAUUCUUGCAAGAUCCAGAUGAGGAUGCAAUGAAGAGAUCAAGGGAAAAGUUUGAACAUGAAGUAAAAGGUCCACGGUUUGCCAAAUUACGCAAUUGGCAUCAUGGUCUGUCUGCACAGAUCCUUAAUAUCAAAGGUUAAACUGCCCACGUGUAAACAGACACUUUCAGAUAGUUACUAAACUAAUAAUAAGGGCAAACUUGUCAUAGUGACUCUGUUAAAGAAAAGUAGCUUGAGAACAUCAAAUCUUAUAAAACAAGUUAAAGAAAGUGCUUGUUGAGUAUCCAUAGCCUUGUAUUCUUCCUGUGUUGUAACCUAGUGCUCCUAGCAGUACACUACUUCCUCAUG